AUGGUCAAAGAUAGGGAGGUGGUCAUCGACGAGUUCAACGAUCUUGUGAACAUGACGCCUAACGAGCUUCGAAAUUGGCUCGAAGAGGAGCAGUCAAUGUCCUCGGGUUGGACUAACGAAUCUGGGGAGACUAUUGGGCACGAAAGGUAG